AUGCCUCCCAAGAAAGAGCCGGUCAUUAGCGCGUUCGAGCGCAAGCGCCUGGAGAACAUCGCGAACAAUAACGCGAUUUUGAGCGGGAUCAGCACCACCGCGGAGAAAAUCAUUCCAAAACCUGCUCCGCCGAAGCCGAAGCGCGCGAGCGCACCGCGUGCCAAACGGGAGCCCGUCAAACGCGAGACCGCUCGUCCAACGCGGCAGAGCAGCAGGCUCGCUGGGCUCGAUGCGGAUGCGGACACGCUCAAGCGCAAGGCCGAGGUGGAGGCUGAGGUGGAGGCCGAGAAAGCGAAAGCAAAAAAGAUGCGUGUUAGUGGAGACCUUAGCCUUGGGGAUAUCCAAGUAGAGGGGCGCAAAUGGGAGAAUGGCCUUGACGGACUGGCUGGGCUGAAAGGCCUUUCGGCCAGGGGCGCGCAACCUGGCAUAAGGACAUUUACAGACGAGGAUGUAAAAGGAACGACGGACAAGGGGCUGAAGGACCUGAGGCUACGCAUGAGCGGGCUCAAACUUUACGAGAAGUGGCCUGUCCAAGGUGCGUAUCCCAAGCUGGUACCACAACGAGUCUACUCCUUGGGUUUCCAUCCAACGGAAUCCAAGCCGAUAAUAUUUGCUGGCGACAAGGAGGGUGCGAUGGGCGUGUUUGAUGCGUCUCAGGAACCCGUGAAAGCAGAAGACGACGACGACGACGAGGAAGCCGAAAUCCCCGACCCCAUAAUAUCCGCUUUCAAGACACAUUCACGUACUAUCACCUCAUUCCACUUCUCUCCGGUCGAUGCCAACGCCGUCUACUCUGCCUCCUACGAUUCGUCCAUCCGUAAGCUGGAUCUGGACAAGGGCGUAUCAACCGAAGCCUUCGCCCCGGCAGACGCAGACGAAGACCUUCCCAUUAGCGCAAUCGACAUGCCCACCUCCGACCCCAACAUGAUCAUCUUCUCCACGCUGCAAGGCACCCUCGGCCGGCACGAUCUCCGCACAAAGUCCUCCACCGCCGAGAUCUGGGGCCUCACAGACCAAAAGAUCGGCGGCUUCUCCCUCCACCCGGCACAACCGCACCUCGUAGCGACGGCCUCCCUCGACCGCACGCUCAAGAUCUGGGACCUGCGCAAGAUCCAAGGCAAAGGCGACGCGCGCGCGCCGGCGCUCCUCGGCACGCACGACUCGCGGCUGUCCGUCUCGCACGCGAGCUGGAGCAGCGCGGGCCACGUCGCGACGUCGAGCUACGACGACCGCAUCAAGAUCUACAACUUCCCGGACGCGGACAAGUGGACCGCCGGCGCGGCGCUGACGGAGGCGCAGAUGGAGCCCGCGCGGCAGAUCCCGCACAAUAACCAGACCGGGCGGUGGGUGACCAUCCUCAAGCCGCAGUGGCAGCGGAGCCCGCGGGACGGGCUGCAGAAGUUUGUCAUCGGCAACAUGAACCGGUUCGUGGACGUGUUUGCGGCGGACGGCGAGCAGCUGGCGCAGCUGGGUGGGGACGGCAUCACGGCGGUGCCGGCUGUGGCGCACUUUCAUCCGACCAUGGAUUGGGUUGCUGGGGGGAAUGGGAGUGGGAAGUUGUGUUUGUGGAUGUAA